AUGGUUCGAGGACACGUCAACAUGGGACUCUACACAGUCAAGGCACUAGUCUUGCUUGACAGUGAAGGCAAACGCAUGAUAUCAAAGUACUAUACGCCAGACUAUCCAACCAUUAAAGAACAGAAAUCAUUCGAAAAAGCUCUAUUUGAAAAGACGAAGAAAUCAAACAGCGAGAUUAUCAUGUUUGAUGGACAUGUCAUCGUAUACAAGAAUACUAUUGACGUGUUUAUCUACGUCGUGGGAUCACCAGAUGAAAACGAAUUGAUCCUCAUGUCUGUGAUGCAAGCCUAUUAUGAUGCUCUUGGUCUAUUACUCAAGACACAAGUUGAGAAACGUGCCAUCAAUGAAAACCUAGAUGUUGUGUUACUAGCAUUAGAUGAAACGAUUGAUGACGGCAUCAUCCUUGAAUCAGAUCCUACUCAAAUCGCUGCCAGAGUCACAAGGAGAUCAGAUGAAGCAACAAAUAUACCACUUGCUGAACAAACAAUAUCACAAGCAUUACAGAAUGCGCGGGAUCAAUUGACUAGAACGCUUCUCAAGUAG